CGCGGCCGCCACCAGAGGGCAGCCAGGGAGCGCGCGCGGGCGGCAGGGCCGGACCCCCAGAUGUGACCCCUGCCCUGGGCUGGAUGCACUGAGCCAUGGCAGACACCAUCUUUGGCAGCGGGAAUGACCAGUGGGUCUGCCCCAAUGAUCGGCAGCUUGCCCUGCGAGCCAAGCUGCAGACAGGCUGGUCUGUGCACACCUACCAGACCGAGAAGCAGAGAAGGAGCCAGCGCCUGAGCCCAGCCGAGGUGGAGGCCAUCCUGCAGGUCAUUCAGAGGGCCGAGCAGCUGGACACCCUGGAGCAGCAGAGGAUCGGAAAGUCUGCACCAAAUGUGGGAUCGAGGCCUCUCCUGGUCAGAAGCGGCCCCUGUGGCUGUGUAAGAUCUGCAGUGAGCAAAGAGAGGUCUGGAAGAGGUCGGGGGCCUGGUUCUACAAAGGGCUCCCCAAGUAUAUUUCGCCCCCGAAGAGCCCAGGCUGGGCUGAUGACCCCCACUUCCGGCCUUUCUCUGUGGAACGGGCAGAGCCAGAGCCCAGAAGCACUGAGACCAGCCGCGUCUACACGUGGGCUCGAGGGAGAGUGGUUUCCAGUGACAGUGACAGUGACUCAGAUCUCAGCUCUUCUAGCCUGGAGGACAGACUCCCGCCCGGUGGGUCCCGGGAAAAGAAAGGCAACAAACCCGUGGCGGAGUCAGGUGGCGGCGUGGAGUCUCCCAGAAUGGGCCUCACCGGCCCACGCAGCCACCUCUCGGGGAGCCAAAGCAGCCUGGCCAGCGAGACCGGGGCAGGAGGCUCUGCGGACCCUCAGAGGGGCACGCUGCCCCAGCCUGAGCCCAAGGGCCCUGGCAAAAGACACACCUGGGGGCCUCCCCACUGCUGACGUGGCCUUCGAGGGAGGGUCGGUGCACGGAGCCAACUCGCCUGUGGGAGACUGCGAGCGAGAGAGAGCUGCGGCCGGGCUUCCCGGAUCCUCCCUGACUUGACUCAGCAAAUCAGUGUUUGGGGCCUGAGGCCAGGGCCCCACCUCGUGCCUUUCUGCGCCCUCCAUUGGGGGCCCCCCUCGCCCACCAUUCCCCUUGGGCUGUGAUCUUUAUUUAUUGUCUCACACACACGCUGGCUUCCCCGUGUUCUGGUGGGUCUUGGGUCGGGCCGGAAGGCUUUGGGGCCCCUCUUGCGGGGCCUCUCGUAUGCACUGAAGUUCUAGGAGGGACCCUGCACGGGCCCUCUCGGUGUUUGUAUUAAUGGCGAGAAGAACUAUAACCCUCAUGUACCCCGCAGAGCCGAGCUUGGCCCCUCAAGGUGGGUGCGGAAGCCCAGAGCAGGUGCGAUGAGAGAUGAGCCCACCCUCGCCCCGUCCCUCAGCUCCCCGGGGCUGGAGCCGCAUCUGCCUUCCCAGGGGACUGGCUCCGUGUUCGGUUUCUUUGACUCCCUCCGUUGACCUCUGUGUUUUCACUCUGCCAGGGCACAUGGGUCCUAAGACAUGAACUCACUUCUCUUCAGUAGGUUGGGCUGGGUGUGAAAAAACACUCAAUUCAAAGCGCAGCCAAAUGCUUCUGGAAGCCGUCCCUGAAGAGAAAGCGUGUGUUUGUGCACGUUGGUGUCCUCGCCCUCCAGCCCUUCCAUCCCGCCGCCCCCCCACUCCCGCCACCGGAGGGCGGGGACAGGUUCUCCGUGGGCCCUGUCUGCUCCAAACCCUUAGCUUUCUGCCUUGCCGUGUUUCCCUGGGACAUGUUAUGCUUCAGAAUUAAAACAAUAAAAGAUUUGAAUUUGCGUUGA